GCAAUCCAACAAAAAUGUUCAAUAUCGUAAGUGGCUUAACAAAUGUACAAAAACAAGCGAUAGUGGAUAUGGGUUUGGGAGGUAUUUUACAUAUUCCUGAUAUAAGAAUGCGUCGUUGCCUUUGUUAUUGGUUAAUGAUUAAGGUAAAUAUAGAAACACGUAUAAUUAAAAUAAGAGAUUACGAGGUGUCACUAUCAGAAAAGGAUGUCGUUUACUUGAUGGGAUUACGUGCUGAAGGUGAUAUUGUUAUGCUUUGCAAUGAAAGUGUUGACCCGGAAAUUUUGAAAUAUUAUGUUGAACCAUUCACGAAGAAAAUUACAAUCCGACACCUUAUAAAUUGUAUUGGUUCAUCUGAUGGAGCAGACGAUCAUUUUAAGAGAUCUUUUGUGCUUCUAUUACUGGGACUUGUGCUAACUCCUAUAAAUGAUAAGGAUUAUAUACCCCAAUAUUAUCUAAACAUUCUGGUUGAUGUCAAAAAAAUCUCUUCAUACAAUUGGGCUAGAUUCACUCUUGACUUUUUAUUUUCAAGCAUUACAAGUCAGAGGAAAAAAAUGCGAAGUACAUAAAUGGGUGUAUGCUUCUGUUACAGGUAAAUUCUUUAAUUUAAGUGAGCUAAUAUUUUUGUUUUUACUAUUUUAUCUUAUAAUAACUAUAUAUGCUUGUCAUUUAUAUUAGCUGUGGUAUUAUGAGCACUUCAGAUUUCCGGGUAAUGACUUUGAUUACAAUGCUAAAAGUCUUCCAAUAAUGGCACAUUGGACUGAGAAGCGAUGUGCAUCAAGAGAGAACUAUGAAAAUUUAUUUGGUCGUGCUGAUAACAAAAUGUAUCAUGAAUUACAAAAAAAAGCUAGUAGUAGUAUUUGAUUUAGCGAUGCCUUACAUGCAACAAGAAACAACUCAGGCUUCAGAAGGACAACAUACAACAACAUCCAAUCAAAAGGAACAUUAUGCUACUUUUGAAAAUAAAUUCAAUGGUCAAGCUGGUCAAAGAUUGAGGCCAAAUCAUGGAGAAGAAAAAAAAGAGGCGAAGGAGGAGAAGGAAAGAGACGAAGAGGACGAGGAAAAAGAUGAGGUUUCAGAUGAAACAUUUGAUGACAUUGACAAACAUAUGCUAUCAUUUCGUAUGGCUUCAAUUGAACGGAGUGUGCAUUGCUUAGAAAAUAAUAUAAAAAAAUUAUGCUUGAAAUUACACAAGCUAUCUUCGAGAUGAGAGAUGAUGUUUCCACGCUCAAAUCCGACAUCAGAGAAAGCAAAUUAUAUUCAAAGGUUAAAAUUUUGG